AUGUCUUGGACAGCCAAAGACUUUGUGGUUGAGCUGGAGGCCUGCGAGAAGCUCCUCCAAGCUCGGCCCACACAGCAGAUGCAGGAUACACUCUUUGCUCAGCUGCAAUCCAAGCUGAACAACAUUGGCCAAGUAGGCCCGUCCGAGAUGGUGGCCUGCUACGAAGCUUUGGAGGAAGCUGGGGUGCCGAAUGCCAUGAAGGAGAAAUUGCAGGAAACCUUGGAUGUUCUCGCUGCUGGUGCUCAUCAGAGCAACGGGGCCACGAACCUCGCAGCAGUGGCGCAAACCUGCACCAGCUUCGAGCUUUACUUGACGGAGACGGAUGCAGCCGCCUUGGGAAGCUGUGGGAUGUGGGAAGGCUGUCGCCACAUCGCACUCCGGCUUAAAAUGAUCGGAAUCAAAGGAAUGAAAGAAUCCUUGAAGAAGCGAUGUACCGCCAUCCUGGUUUGGUACCAUGUUCACCACCGAGGCAACCCGGUGCCGGCAGUUCGUGUGGCUUACGAUCUGAGUCUGCAUUUGAUGACAGAGCUCAAGCAAUCCAACACAGCGAUCCCAGCUGGAGCUUCUUCUCUUGCCCGGUACCCUGUGGAUCCUAUGCGGUUGCCAGCCUCCCACCUUCAGGCUGCCUAUCCAGAUGGACUUCCAGCCAAGAAGGACCUGAACGGGCUGGCCACCUUGAUGCAGCAUCACAUCUUCGUGAGAUCCAAUGGCAAGUUGCUACAGGACCAUGAGUCCCAGCCCAAAGUCGUACAGCCUGCAGUUGCUGUGCAGCCACCGCCGGUACCGGAUGGCGAAGCCAAAUUCGUCCAAGGCCUCAUGAAGUUCUUGACGGCUGCCAACAACAUCGUCAACCACACCGAGCCGACAGUGCAGUUCCUGACGAAGCCGACUGCAGCGAGCAGCAGCAAGCAGGAGCCUGUGCAGGCUGCAGGCGAGCAGAGCAAGGGUUGCUUGCCCUUGGAGAACGGGGAGCAGAGCGAGAGCCCCCCUUCUGGAGCAAAAGCGCCGCAGUCCAGUCCAGCCUUGCCCGGACAGAAGCAGAAGACUUUGGAGGAGUUCGAAGCUGAAAACCUCGCCCUGCUGCAGGCCAGGGAGGACGGGAAGAAGGCAGCUUCUACGAACAAGGUCGGGAAAGACAAGAAGGGACCUAAGGCGAAGACAGAGGAUCCAAAGGCGCUCAAGUCUGGAAAGCCUCAGGCCAAGGGCAAGCCAUCUUCCAAGCAGAAGGUUUUCAAGAGGCCGGCAGCGAAGGCCUUGGCAAGGCCUGAUCGUGGAGCCUUUGAAGGCAUGGGCUGCCUGAGAUGCAGAGGGUGCCGCUUUGGAUGCCCGACCUGCUUGGAGGAAAGCUUCGGAGGGCUACGAUUGACGAGGAGCGAAUGGUUGCAAAGGGCUUCUUUGCACAACUACAAGUAG